AUGGCUCUAUCAUAUAAUGGCACCCUUGACCAGAAUGGCUGCGUCGCUUACCAAAACAAUGUAGUUGAAGAAUUCAACCAGCAUCUUAAAGAAAGGGUGAACCGGGUAAGAAAUAAUCUCUCCAUGGCUGCAUUCACAUACGUGGACGCAUAUUCAGCCAAGCUAUCGCUGAUCAGUGAUGCUAAAAAUCAAGGUUUUGUCGAUCCACUAAACUACUGCUGUGGUAGCUUCAUGCCAACCUUUGUGAGGUGUGGAAUGUCGGUACAGGUAAACGGAACCACCAUUCAUGGAGACGCUUGUGGUGAUCCUCAAGAUCGAAUUAGCUGGGAUGGGAUACAUUUCACGGAUGCACCCAAUUCAUGGGUUGCUUCACGCAUCCUCAAUGGUUCCAUGUCUGAUCCACCUGUGCCAAUUUCCAAUGCUUGUCCGUAA